GGGGACCGCUCUCCCUGGGCGGCCGGGGCGGCGCGCAGCCCUAAGCCUAUUUACUGCUUUUUCAGCAAUCAUGUUUUCACCUUGUGCUGUCACGGAGCCCGUCGUCCCCGCAGCCUGGUCUCCUAUUGGCUCGCUAAAAAUGCUUCUCUAAUCUGCAGGCUGAUCUUUUACACUGCUUCCCCCCCCCCCCCCCAUCCCUUUUCCUCCUCCUCAUCUGCGCUGACCUUCCUCUUUCCAAUAGACCCAGCUGAAAGAGGAAUAGAGAGAGGGAGGGAGGGAGGUGGGAGGGGGAGGAGAGAGAGAGAGAGAGAGAGAGAGGGAGAGAGACUCUAGGCAGACGGGGAGCCAUCCUGCCCCCUGGAAGCCAUCUGGACUUGAAGGGCUGGCCUGUGCAUGACUGGGAUCUCCCUCACUCCUGGCUGCCCCCUACCAUCCUCUCCGGAACCUUCAAUGGUGACUGGCUCACUGACUGUUCCUGUCCCAAGUGCAUGAACAGAGGUUUGUCCCUGGCUGCUGCCCAGUGCCCAGCCCCAACCCCCAACCCCAGGCACCAUGUCUGGCUCCUAUGAUGAGGCCACACCUUCAAUGGAGGAAAUCACAGACAGCUUCUGGGAGGUGGGAAACUACAAGCGGACGGUGAAGCGGAUUGAUGAUGGCCACCGCCUCUGCAAUGACCUCAUGAGCUGCCUUCACGAGCGAGCUAAGAUCGAGAAGGCCUAUGCCCAGCAGCUCACAGACUGGGCCAAGCGCUGGCGCCAGCUCCUCGAGAAAGGCCCACAGUAUGGCAGUCUGGAGCGCGCAUGGGGCGCCAUCAUGACAGAGGCUGACAAAGUGAGCGAGCUGCAUCAAGAUGUGAAGAACAGUCUGGUCAAUGAUGACCUGGAGAAGGUGAAGAACUGGCAGAAGGAUGCCUACCACAAGCAGAUCAUGGGCGGCUUCAAGGAGACCAAGGAGGCUGAGGAUGGCUUCCGGAAAGCACAGAAACCCUGGGCCAAGAAGAUGAAAGAGCUGGAGGCGGCAAAGAAGGCCUACCACUUGGCCUGCAAGGAGGAGAAGCUGGCGGUGACCCGGGAGGCCAACAGCAAGGCAGAGCAGUCGGUCACCCCGGACCAGCAGAAGAAACUUCAGGACAAAGUGGACAAAUGCAAGCAGGACGUGCAGAAGACCCAGGAGAAAUAUGAGAAGGUGUUGGAUGAGAUUGGCAAGUCAACGCCCCAAUACAUGGAAGGCAUGGAGCAGGUAUUCGAACAGUGCCAGCAGUUCGAGGAGAAGAGACUGGUUUUCCUGAAGGAGGUGCUCUUGGAUAUAAAGCGCCACCUCAAUUUGGCUGAAAACAGCAGCUACAUCAAUGUGUACCGGGAGCUGGAACAGACAAUCCGAGGGGCCGAUGCCCAGGAAGAUCUCAAGUGGUUCCGCAGCACCAGUGGGCCUGGCAUGCCCAUGAAUUGGCCCCAGUUUGAGGAAUGGAACCCAGACCUCACCCAUACCAUCACCAGGAAAGAGAAACUGCCCAAGAAGAGCGAGGGAGUGACCCUGACCAAUGCCUCAGGGGUGGUAGAGUCUAUGGCCCAGGCUGGGGACCGUGGCAGUGUCAGCAGCUAUGACCGAAGCCAGGCGUAUGCUGCCGAGUGGUCUGAUGAUGAGAGUGGAAAUCCCUUCGGGGCGGGUGAGGCCAACGGGGGCGCCAACCCCUUUGAGGAUGAUGCCAAGGGGGUGCGUGUUCGGGCACUCUAUGAUUACGAUGGGCAGGAGCAGGAUGAGCUCAGCUUCAAAGCAGGAGAUGAACUCACCAAACUGGGAGAAGAAGAUGAGCAGGGCUGGUGCCGAGGUCGCCUAGACAGUGGGCAGCUAGGCCUCUAUCCUGCCAACUAUGUGGAGUCCAUCUAACUAUCUGUCCCCAUCCCCCAUCAGCCCACCUCAUGCCCUUCCCCUCUACCCCUCCCAGCCUCCCUUCUUCCGUCUAUACCCUUCAUCCCUUGCCAACCCUCUUCCAUCUUCUAACCCUUCCAAUCCACCCUCUUCCACAAUCAACCCGUUCUUCCUCCUGCCCCAGCUCCAUAGAGUUCCAGACAUAUUUUCCAAUCAAGCUUUUAUUUUUUUAAAAGUCGUCUUGGGAAGAAAAAAAAAUAGAACAAAAAAAAAAAAAAGAAAAACAAAGAAAAACCAGAAACAAAGCAUUCGCAAUAGCACCAUAGAGUGGGGGCAGGGCAGGGGUAGGGUUGGGGAAGUAAUCCUCCUGUAGGUGAGGGUCCACAGCCUUAGCCAGCAUGUUGGCAAAGGCUCUUGGUCUUCAGAUCCCACCAAAGAGGUCUGUCUCUCUGUGCCCUUCAGAAGUCUCCCAAGACCCCCUCCUCCAGAAUCCCUGACUUCCAUCUAUUCUCCUCAGGCUGGUUCACAGAAUGUCAGAGCUGGAAGGGACCUUAUGGACCAUCUAGUCUAGUCUAGCCCUCUCAUUUCGUAGAGGAGGAAACUGAAGCCUGGAGAGGGAAAAUGACUGGUCUAAGGUCAUGUUGCAGAGGUAGCAGCAGACAAGAACUCAGGACUCCUGAUUCCCCAAUCCAAUACUUCUACUAUACCACGAUGAUCUCUAAGGACUCUUGUACCCACCUGCUCACCCCUGCCCCUUUGUCUCUCUCUCUCUCUCUCUCUCUCUCUCUCUCUCUCUCUCUUCUUCCCUGAGAGGACAGCCCACUCCUCCACCUCCUGAGUAUCUCUCACCAGAGGACUGAGGGAGGGUGAGGUCUUUCAGUCUAAGUCUUCCAUUGGGCUCUCUGAGGUCUUCCUAUUCUCACAUCCUUUUCUUAUGCUACUCCAUCCCCUCUCCUAGUGGCCAUGGAAAAGGUCAGGAAGGAGAGAUGUAGGUGAAAGGGCUAUGGGCUGGUAGGAUGGAGCCUUUCCCACAGAGUAGUUUGGGGGGACUGAAGGCACAGCCACUCUCAGCACUGAGAAGUGGGGAGGCGAGCCUGCCCUAGCAUCUCUUGACCUUGGCUCAGCCUGCUCCAGGGCCUUCAUUUGGGGGACAGAGGGAACAGCCCUCCCCUUUCCUGAGCUGCUGAGCUCAGCCCCGAGUCUUAGAAAGUGUCAUGGGAGGGGGCAGCUAGGUGGCACAGUGGAUAAAGCACCGGCCCUGGAUUCAGGAGUACCUGAGUUCAAAUCUGGCCUCAGACACUUAACAUUUACUAGCUGUGUGACCCUGGGCAAGUCACUUAACCCUCAUUGCCCUAAAAAAAAAAAAGGAAAGUGUCAUGGGAGAUGGGAUCCUGGUACAGAGUCCAACUGGGAUCAUCAGGGUUGUAGCAGAGACCAUCCCUGCCCACCCUUCCUCCCAUCCCUAGCCUGGGUUGGGGGAGCUGAGCCCCAGCUUGGGUGGAUGGCCUUUCUCACAGGUUCAUUCUUCCAGCAUCACUCUGUGGUGGGGAGGACUGGGGAGGGGGAAUCAUCUUGGAGCAGCCAUCUUACCCCGGUCAUGGUUGCUGACCUGGAUGGAAGGGGUUACCCCUCCAAAUAUAGCCAUACAUGGUUACCCCAACCCCCAAGUAAACACUUGUUGGAUGGCUUCUAGAACCCCAAAGUUCUGAAGAGGUCUAGCACCUUGCAGAGAAAAUCAGCAAUGGGAGCAACUACUUUGUCAGAGAGGGUGCAGGGAGGCAACAUUUCACCACGCUUGACAUUCAGAACUCAAGCAGGUAGGCCCCUUCCCCUUCUACUCUGUAUUUCUAGAUAUACCAUGUGGACCCCAUUGCCCUUCUCCCCUUCCCCUUCCCCUUCUCCUUCCCCUUCCCCUUUCCCUUUCCCUUUCUGGCCUGUGGCAGGCCCUGUAAUGACUGUCUCUAAAUGCCUGAGUGAGCUUGCGGUUUGAGACCUUGGAUCUGAGGUGCUACUGGCAAGGGAGAAGGGGAGGGAUUCCCAUGGGAGGUACAGUGAUCUUCCUCUUGGCUCUCUCUACCUCCAUUCAAAACUCCCCCUCUCCCCUCAUCCUUGAGAGAGCUACUGCUAGAAACUGAGGUCAGGGGGCAGCUCAGUGGCGCAGUGGAUAGAGCACUGGCCCUGGAGUCAGGAGUACCUGAGUUCAAAUCCGGCCUCAGACACUUAACACUUACUAGCUGUGUGACCCUGGGCAAGUCACUUAACCCCAAUUGCCUCACUGAAAAAAAAAAAUGAAACGAAACUGAGGUCAGCCCCACCCCCAACCUGGCCCUCUGCCAGACAGGACUCCAUAUGACUCUCAAUGUACUUAGGAGGAGGAAUGGACCCGGGAGAAACGGUGUUUGUUCUCUAGAAGGUGGUGGCUCCUGCCUUAGGUGACACAGCAGUCCAGUCUCCCGGGAGUUUUCUUUUCUCCUUGAUUCAUUCCUUCAUCUUCACUUUGUUAGGGAGGUGGUGGGUUUGUUUCUACUCCCCUUCUCUCCCCAUUUCCUUGGUCUGGGCAAGCUUGGACCAUAGCCAGGCAAGCUCAGGAGGCCUGGGGAGGGGGGCAGGUGUAGAAGGCUGAUGGUCCCUAUAGACAGGGAUGGAAGAAUUUCCUGCUAAAAUGGAAGGCAGGAGAUGCUAGAGACAGAAGAUUCCAGAUCUCCACCUCCUCCUCCUGUCUGGGCAGUUGUAGGGGUACUUGGAAGAUAAACUCCAUUCAAGCCAAAGGUCAGCAGCCCUGGAAUAGGAUGAGAGAAGACUCCACAGCGCCUUCCAUGCUCCCAUCUAGACCACCCUCUUGCCACUGUGCCAGGGUACAGUAUAUAUAUGUGAGGGGGUCUAGUAGCCAGGAGUGGUGAUGGUGAAGGGCAUCCUGGUGACCCACAAAGCUGUAGGGUCCUAGGGCUAUGUCUCCCUGGAAAGCUGAUGCCAAUGGAUGGCCAUGCAGCACCAGGUGAGACUUGAUUUUAGCAGCUCUCAAUCCCAGCCCUUGGAAAUCUUCAAUCUUCCUUCACCUCCUAGAGCAUGCGAAACCGAAACUAAUCUACCAGCAUCAAGAUCCUUUAUUCCUUAAUCUGAUUGCCACUGCCCCCCUUUAUUGCUGCUAAAGCAGACAGAAGUCUGAGCCAGUGGGAGCUGUGGAAGUGGAAUGAGAAACUCAGGAGCAUGGAUAGACAUUCCUUACUCAGCCAGGGUCACAAAGAACUCCCAGAGAAAGAGUUCAUGGGUUUUUUUGUUUGUUUUGUUUUGCCUCCGGAUGCCUUGACUUUAUCAUUUCCCUUGAACCCACCAUGAAGCUUUAACUCCCAGACUCUCGGAGCCCUUGAUGCCCACUGGCAAUGUUCUGAGAGGGGCCUAAUUGGAAUCUGACUUCUCCCUAGGGUCCAAGGCAGCCACCCUCCCACUAGGUGCACUGCCCCUUCCUGGCCUUCAGACACACCCACAAAUCUUCCUGCUCCCUCUCUCCCCAUCACAGAUGAAGCUUUAGCCUUCCACUCUAAUUUGGGAUGGUCCCCUGUAAAACUCAAAAGUGUGAUUUCAGGAAACUUCCCAUCAACAUUGCACACACUCCCUAUCUUCACCCCAUCUGCAUAGGCAGGAAGGGCCUAGGAAUCCACCUACCUCCCAGGGUUGUUAUGAGAAUCAAAUGAGAUAAUUGUAAGGCACUUAGCACAGUGUAUACUGAAUCGUAUAUAAAUGUUAGCUAUUAUAAUCCAGCUCUCGAUCCCAGUUCCUAAAGCCAAUGAGGCCAGUGGGCCACUGCCUCUUGUUUAUUUCCUCCUCGUGUCCCUAUAUCCAUCCUCACGGGAUGAUAGGACACUUCUGUCUCUUAGCACAUGGAUACCACUCUCUCUUAGUGAUAGACCCAGAUACUUCUCUGUAGUUAGGGAAGGGGAGGGGAUUGCUACUUUGCCCAAUCUAAGUCUCCCUUGUUUUCGUUCUGCACUAAGAUGCCCACCUACCCAUGCCUCGUUUUCUGCCAAGAACUUGCUCACUAUCCUCAGGCAAGUGGCUUCUCGGGACAUCAGUUUCCUGUCCUGGAAGAGGAGAGGGUUGGCCUGCUAGGUCUCUUCCAGAUUUACCAUCCUAUCAUCUUGAGGACCAGCAGAGACUGGAUGACCUCUCAUAGAGGGGACCACUGGGAACGAGAAGUGCCAAUGAGGAGGUCAGAUUUAAUGGGUACCUGACAGCUGUGGUCAAGUAUCUGAAGAACUGCCAUUUGGAAGAGGGGUUAGAACAAGGAAACGACAAGGAAUGAUGGAUAGAAGUUGAAGAGAGGCCGUUUUUGUGGCUCAAUAAAAGGAAAAUUGAUUAGAUCUGCCCUGGAGUGGAAUUGGGCUGCUGAAGGAGGUAAUGACAUCCCUACCACUGGAAGUGUUCAGACAGAGCGAGGUUAGAUAAACUCUUAUGGAAGAUACUAUGGGGGGAGGGGUAUUCAAGUAAGAAUAGAACUAGAGGGGCCGCUGAAGCCUCUACUAACUCUGAGACUAAUUAUGAGAUUACCAGGGACUCGGGGUAUUUGGGAAAAGGUUUCCUGGAGGAAAUGGAGGGACAGAGAGGCUGAGUUCUGGACACAGACAAGGCCAGGGAUGGAGGUUGUGGGGCGGAAAUGUGAUAGACUGCCUUCCCAAGGGCUGGCAAUUGUCCUUGUAUUGCCGCUGUCCUGUUCUCUGGGCUCCUUAGCUGCCUAUCCUAGCAGCGGUGACUGGAAACUUUUUGGCCACCUCCCCUUACUCCAUCACUUCCCUUCCCUGCCCGAUUCCCAACAACUGUCCCACAGGCUCUUCCCUUAACUCUCUGUUCCUCCCGCCCCAACUCAAGCAAAAUGAUCCCAGGAACAGAGCCAAAGCCAAAUCAGUGACUACAGCAUGCAUUAGGGACAGAGAGGCGAUGUGGUAGAUUUGGAAUCAGGAUUGGCUGUCAUCCCAGUCUGCUGCUGAUUACUUUGGUGACCUUGGGCAAGUUAUUGUUCUUCCUCCAGGCUCAGUUUCCUCCUUUGUAAAGUGGGAGGCGGGGAAGGGUUGGUUCUCAUUGUAUUAGGUUUUAUUGUCCUUCUCUAUCUCAAUAGAGAUACCCAGACUGGUAUCCCUGUCUUGGGUGAAAUUGUUUCUCAUGGCAAGAGUUCUCCAAAUAUUGGGGUGCCUAGGGCUAUUUUUGUACCCGUUGGGAACUCUCUCCCCAGCUGCUGCCCCAGGGACAGGAGCAAGGAAGGCUGGGGGUGGAGGGGUGGGGUUAGGGUGAGAAAGAAACUGGAUCCCGAGGUAUGGUUUCCCUGCGGUAAGAUAGAGCAAGACAGGGCAGGCGGGUCCAUCAGAUUGUAUAGUGCUUUCACUCGAAGUCCCAGUUCUGAGUCUCUGGUUCUAUAGCUCUGCGCUGUUGUCCUUGAGUGGAUAGAGGGGACAGAAUGUGAGGAGGUGGGCUUCAGAGAGCCUGGCUUUUGUCCCAGCCCAGUCUCCACAUUGGUGAGGAGCAGUGGCUUAGGAAGAGGGUCCUGAAUUAUAAACUCGCUGGAAUAGGGUUUCAGGCAGUGUGGUUCUGGGAGAAAACAGGAGAGCCGAUGUAUAUUAAGAUCCCUCCCUCCUCUUCCCCUGUCCCAUCUCCCGCCAAACCUCUGAAGAAGGUUCUCUUCAUGGUCAGCUCUGAGGUCCUAGGACAAGGCCUGGCCAGCCCAUAUAGAGACAGGAGAUCAUUCAUUGCUCUUUCAUCAUAGUCUGAGUUUGCAUCUUUGUCCAACCUGCCUGUCCCCUCUCCCCUCUCUGUCCAACAGAUAUAAUAGAGGGGAAGGACCCCAGGUCCCAGUCAGACCCCUUGACCCCUUGACAACCCCCAAAUCUAUGAAUAAAGACAAAACUAUUUUA